CCUCAGAGAUCCUGCCCAGGCACGGGAACAUGAAUGAUCCAAGUUUUAAUUGGCAUGCUCACAACAUAUACCCGGAACCUGCAACGAAUAGCGUGUAUCUUUCGUCAAUGAGUAUAACUAUGCAUUACAGUAAUACACUUGUGAAUUUUCACAAAUAAUGUUAUUUUAUUUUAAGUAAGGGUGUGUGGCUGCCUUGCUAUGCUAUCUAGAAGAUCAUGCUGCUAUAAAGGGAGGAUGUUUCAAAUAAUCACUUCUGACAAGACAAUCAUAUUACAUUUGAAAUACUCCACAUAAGUAGCUAGUUAAAUGAUACUAACAUUAAGUAAAUUAUUAUUAAAUAUAGGCUACUGUCAAAAUUAAUUCUGUACGGUAUGUCACUGAAUAUGGAACAUAUUUGAACGUUCUUGUUUCAGGGGGACAUAAAUUACCCACAACAACUGUUUUUCUCGGAAGAAUAUCGCAAGCCAUUCGUUAGUCAACGUUUCUGUAACUUCACUGCACAUUUUUUUUUAAUUGAUUUUAGACACGAAUCAAGAAACUUGAUAUAAGGAUAGAUGUAUGAGCUUUACUUAGAAGAAUGCUAGUCAGUUAUAGUAGCAGCUCUGAAGAGGAGACAGAACAUUUACGAUUAGGAGGGAAUGUAACAAAAAGGAAGCAAAGUUGGCACAAAGAUGACAACUCAUUGAGGAAGAAGCACAAAUCAGAAGAGCACACCCUCAAUGCAAGGGAGGAAGAUGACUCCAAGUCGAGACUGCCUGUUCCUGGCAGUGUGCUGGACAUGUUCACGGAGGAAGAUGAGGACCCACUGACUGACGACAGCAUGCAACAUGGUGGACGGAUUCGCUCCUUCAAACACGAGAGGGGAAACUGGGCCACUUACGUGUACUUUCCAUACAUCCCAGAGGAAGGGUUCUUGGAGCUGCUUGAUGAGAUGACUGAAGUAGCAGCAUCCCACAGCUUCUCCCUCACUCAUACAGACGAGUUUCACCUCAGUUUAUCUAAGACAGUGGUUCUGAGGCAUCACUGGAUCCAGCCUUUCAUACAGUCCCUCAGAACAGGCUUGACACACAGCAGGAGGUUCAUUUGUUUGGCUGAGAAGCUGAAGGUCUACUCUAAUGAUGAGAGAACCAGGAUGUUCCUGGCUAUGGAAGUCUCCACAGGACAGGCUCAGCUACUAGAGCUUGUGAAAGCAGUGGACAGCACUAUGGAGGAGUUCAACCUUGACACUUUUUACAAGAAUCCUUCCUUCCAUAUAAGUCUGGCCUGGUGUGUUGGUGACUGCACUGAACACAUUCGCAAAAAGUGUCUGCAGGAGUUGCAGGGUCUGGUCGACUCCCAUGAGGAUGGACCCUUUCUCUUGAGGCUGGAUUGUCAAGAGCUGCGUUGUAAGGCUGGGAACAAGACCUUUUCCAUUCCACUACACUGACAAAACCAGUUGUCAUUCAGUCUGUAAUGUUGGAUACCUCAACAGUAAAAUGUGAAAAAAAGUAUAUAUUUUUAAACGAGUGAGGUUAUUUGAUUCAAUCUAGAACACUGCAGUGAUGCGAUAUUGAUCAAGCAACUUCGAAGGUUGUGCACAUCUUCGUACGUGAAGCUUGUUUUGCUAAAACAUGUGUUCAAGCUUUUCUGCUACAGUUCCUGUAUGACAAGACACUGACCCUAGACCAAGAGUAUUUCAAAUUCUUAUUGACCUAUGACAGUUGUCAGCUAAAGCUUUAAUCUGUUCCAUUAAUCUUAAUCCAUUCUUUAAAAAGAGCUCAACUUGAUGUGAACUAGUAGGAUAGACCCGUUAAGCUUUUAUUUAAGAGAGGAUGGAAUAAUCCAAAAAUUAUAAUCCAGAUAAGAUGCAAUGACUAGAAUUGAUGAAUACAUGCUCCACAGCAGAUGUGAGGAGAGACUAGGGAAGAGGAACCUAUGA